UGGCGUUUGGGAACCGCUUCGGAGGCCCAGGACUCCCAGCGCUGCGCAAAGUUUACCUUUGCCUGCAAGCCAAGGGGAGACUCAGGACCCCGAGUUCCAGGGAUUCAAACUACGAUGGCAGCUCAGGACCAAGGCACAAGUUCCUACCCAGAGCCUGGAAGCCAAGAUGACACAAAUUCCCAGCUGAGAAUUGUGUUAGUGGGUAAAACUGGAGCAGGAAAGAGUGCAACAGGGAACAGCAUCCUGGGAGAGAAAGCGUUUUAUUCUGGAAUUUCAGCAAAAUCCAUCACCAAGGUCUGUGAGGACAGGAGGACCAUGUGGAACACAAGAGACGUUGUGGUCGUGGACACGCCUGGAGUUUUUGACACUGAGGUACAGGAUAGUGACACGCGCAAGGAGAUCGUUCGCUGCAUCCUCCUGACCUCCCCAGGGCCUCACGCUCUGCUGCUGGUUGUGUCCCUGGGCCGCUACACCGCGGAGGAAGAGAAGGCCACAGAGAAGAUCCUGAGAAUGUUUGGAGACAGGGCGAGAAGAUACAUGAUUCUCUUAUUCACCAGAAAAGAUGACCUGGGCGACAUGGACUUCCAUGAGUACUUGAAGGAGGCGCCAAGUGGCAUUCGGGGGCUGAUGCAGAAGUUCGGGGAUCGCUACUGUGUGUUCAACAACAGGGCAACAGGAGCCGAGCAGGAGGCCCAGAGGACACGGCUGCUGACCCUGGUGGAGCGCAUGGUGCAGGAGAAUGGGGGAGGAUGCUACACCAACCAGAUGUACCAAAAGGCCGAGAAGGAGAUUCAGAGACAAACCCAUGAGAUGCAAGAACGUUACAGAGCAAUGCUGGAGCAAGAGCGAGCACGGAUAAGAGAGGAGUAUGAAGAGCAAAUUAGACACCUGACCGACCAACUGGAACGGGAAAGGAGAAGGGCGCAGAUGGAGAGGGAAUGCUCCAGAACAGAGGCUUUCUAUACUAAGAGACAACAAGGUGCCAGACGGGAAGUCAUGAGUCAGAAUAAAAUAGUUGAAAUCAUCUUUCAAGUAUGGGAUGUUGCUUGUCAUAUCUUUAACCAGCUUUUCAGAGAGUAGACCUAGUGAACUCGCGCCUGUGUUUCCUACAUUUUCUCUGAUGACCUGUCCUACGGGACUCCUCCAUCCAAACCCUCUACUUCCUGUCUUUUAGCACUAAGGGAUGCAGCAAAUUUCACCCCGGCAGUCUGCAGGCGAUUGAGCUGUGAAACCCCAAAGCAGCCCCCAUGAGUGCUUGCUCCCUGUGCGCUCUUCCUCAGGGGCACAGAGGACAUCCACGGGAGAGCACAGGCGAUGCCGCGGGCCGGACCAGCACUUCUCUAGAUUCUCCACCUGCAACUUCUGCCCUUACUUUUGGCUGUAGGACAGCAGUGAUCGCGUUAUCAUAUGCUUUGUUAGAAAGCUUAGUGCUUUGCAGCAGAUAAUCUUAUUGAUAGAGAUGAUGGUAUAACUAUUUUUCAACAAAUGUCCAUCUCAUUUAAUUAUAUUUUCACAGAAGGACUCAAAUUGUUCCUUUUCAUCUGCACUUUGAACGAAACGUGUU